AUGGCGCACAGUCCCCAUCGUAGCGAUGCUGACAGCCUCAGCACGAAUGAGAAGAAUGGCGGAGUGAUCCAUCACGUCGAGGAAGCCGCAGCACGCAUGAACAAGGGAGUCACGGACGAGGAACGAGCAUGGCUUGCCAAUAUCGACCCCAAAGAACAAGACCGCAUCUAUCACAAAGUCGAUCGCCGUGUCGUCCCGAUGUUGGCUUUGCUAUACUUGAUUGCCCAUCUCGAUAGAGCGAAUAUCGGUAAUGCGAAGAUUGAGGGCCUUGAGGCGAGUUUGAACAUGACUGGUAACGACUACAACAUUGCUCUUGUGGUGUUCUUCAUCCCAUACAUCCUGUGUGAAGUUCCAUCCAACAUGCUUCUAUCCAAGUUCACGCGCCCUAGCUACUACAUUGGAAUCCUCGUGACCUGCUGGGGAAUCGUCAUGACACUAUCAGGAAUCACACAUUCUUUCGCAGGUCUAUGCGUAACGAGAUUCCUCAUCGGUUUCUUCGAAUCUGGGUUCUUCCCAGGCGCAAUGUGGCUCGUCUCACAAUGGUACCCUCCACAGAAAACCCAGACUCGCAUGGCCUGCUUUUACCUCUCCAGUGCCCUUUCCGGAGCCUUCUCCGGAAUGCUCGCGGCAGGAAUAGCACAGCUCGACGGCGUCGCAGGUCUUCGAGGAUGGCGUUGGAUCUUCCUCCUGGAAGGAAUACUCUCCGUAGCAAUCGGCGCCUCAUGCUUCUUCCUCAUGGCAGACUCCCCAUCAAAAGCCUCAUGGCUCACCCCCGAAGAAGCCAAAUUCCUCAACCUCUCCCACCUAGCCUACCGCGGCGUGCGAACAAACACCAAGACCACCGAGAAGAAACCUCGAAUAAACUGGGCAAUCCUCAAACAAGUCACCAGCGACUGGCAACUCUACCUCCAAGCCAUAGUAUUCUGGUCCAACUGUGUCCCCAACUACGGCCUAAAAUUCACCAUGCCAACAAUCAUCAAAUCCAUGGGCUUCACAUCCACAACCGCACAACUCCUAACCGCUCCACCUUAUGUCUGCGGCGCAAUUUCCGCAGUCGUCUCCGCCCUCUUCGCAGACCGCCUCUCCUGGCGCAUGCCAUUCAUCGUCGGCCCACAAAUCCUCCUCGUCAUCUCUUUCUCCACUCUCUUCUCUUUCGCCGCGGAAAUCAAAAAUAAUAUCGCCCUCUGCUAUGUCAUGGUCUGUGUCGCUUGCGUAGGUCUCUAUCCCAUAAUUCCAGGAAAUAAUUCCUGGACGAUUAAUAAUCUCGCCGGAGCGGAGAAGAGGGCUACGGGGAUUGCUUUUAUGAUUAUGAUUGGGAAUAGCGGUGGGAUUGCUGGUUCGUUUAUUUUCUUGCAGAGUGAAGCUCCGAGAUAUCCGACUGGUUUUGGAAGUUCGCUGGGUUUUGCUUGUGCGGGUCUUUGUGCUGCGUUUUUGUUGGAGUUUCUUUAUUGGGCGCAUAAUAGGAGGAAUGAGCAUUUGACGGAAGAGGCUGCUAUUGCGCAGUAUGGGGAGGAGGAAUUGGAGAGGUUGGGGGAUAAGUCGCCGCUCUUCAAAUAUGCUUUGUAG